CAUACAAUGGGAAUGGUAAAGCGGGAAUCCUCUCCGACCACCGCAGCAGGGCCGCCCACGACAACUACUUGUAAAACUAAAUGAUGGUGUACUCGUAUCAUACUCGAUCUUUGUUUCACCGUGCUAAAAUGGUCUUCCUUCUUAUCCACGCCUUUCUCCUAAUCUCCUUGGAUCCUCCAGCCUCUUCUUCCGUUCUCCGAGUUUCUACCUUUCUAGCGGGCGGAUAACACCGAUAAAAAACGACCCCAACUGUUUCCGGCGAAAAAAGUCAGCGUUAACUGGUCCACGAAGAAAAAACUGUUUGCCCUAUCAUGGCGGAUCAUUCGAAACCGAACUCUUCUGGGAGAGAGCGUGGGGGACCGCAGUCAUAUGAUUGGGCCCACAUGUCGAAUAGAGGAUUUUUCGCCCGUCUCGUGCUUUCGUUCUUCUCGACAAAAUACGGGAUAGAUAUGACGAUACAUUGCCUUUUGGAGCCGUUUCGAUAUUCGCUAGCUUCGGCGGACGAGCUGCAAAUUCAGGCCGAAGAAACGGAUUAUCUAUUUGGCCUUCCGCAUAACAGCCAAUGGAGAUCUCCGGAAAUGAAAUGGCAUUUCAAUCUUGAGACUUUCUUCUCCUUAUAUUAUGCCUACUUCCAUAGAGCAGCACCCCUCCUGUUCUAUCAUCUUCGCAAAGACGCCUUCAAGCUGGACGAAGAGUAUUACCAAAGCCAGUUCACAAAGAAACUCCGCCCAGUAGAUGGCCUGGGUUUUAGUGGUUCUCUGUUCUUCUAUUCGGAUGAUAAAAGUUUUAUCGUGAAGUCUAUUGGCCGAAGAUUCGAGUACAAAUUUUUGUACAGCACCCUCAUGCAUCCGUUGGGUAUGUACUACCGUGAGCGCCCGGGCACACUGCUCUCAGAAAUCACCGACGUGUUAUAUACCUUUGACUUCAGACUUGGUGGGUGCCUGGGUGUUUCUCCAUCACAUUAUAUUGUCAUGACAAACGCGCUCGAGGGAUUGGAUAAGGAGAGGGGAUGUAGGAAGUGGGAUUUGAAGCCUCAGGGAUUCUUUGAACCUACAAGGGACUUGGUGCCAGAUGAUAUGAAGGCCAGGGCGGCGAAGAGUGGUUUGGCAGAUGGGUUGGAUGAAGAAAUUGUUCUGACCCGCAAGCAGAAAGCACAUUUCAUGUAUGCCCUCCCGCUAUUUGCCUGUUAA